CAAACUCCAGUCUCUUCCUCUUUCACCGUCCUUCGCUCGAGUUUCGAAGCUGGGUUAUUAUUUCUCUCCUAUCUUCUCCGAAGUCGCUGUAUUUUAUCAAAGCGCACAAUAGAAAGUUUUCACGAAGGAGUUACACCCUCGCCACUCAACGCGAUGGCUGAGGCGUCAGCAGUUCCACCACAGAACGCUUUUCACCGGGGCUCACAUCACUUUCCACGAGGUCGGCGCGGAGGACGAGGGACGAGGGGUCAUCAGCACAGACCCGUGCGGUCUAAUGCUGAUCAUGGGGAGGCUCAAACGGCACAGCAGGUUGCGGCAACCCGUUCUGAAGUACCCCCUACCGCCUCUUCCAUUGAUGCUAGGGAUGUGCAACCUCAGCGGGGUGGCCGAUCUGGAGGGGGGCGAGGCGAUAGGGGGAGACAAGGCGGCCAACGGCGUGGGAGAGGCGGCAGUUCGCAACGCUCAGUCGUGGUAUCGCAUCGUGGAGGCCGGGCUCCCCCACCUCACCUUCCUGUAGGUGGUGGUUCGUCCAUUGGGCCUGGUUUGCGCGCUAGUGCGCCCGAGUUUGUCCCUGGACAAUCCGCGCCGCCCCUGGGGUCUGGGUUGCCCCCCAGUUCUGACAGGGCUCGGGAUUUGCAAGAUGGGAAGUUCAGGGGGCAAGCAACCGACCCGUCGGCGGCUGCUAAAUCCUCAGCAGCCGAUCUACCUACCCGUAUCCAUGAGGAUGUCGACAAUGGGCAAUACGAGUGCGUCAUCUGCACCAACGAAGUGCUACGGAAUUCUCGUGUUUGGUCCUGCUCAAUCUGCUGGACCGUGGCCCAUCUCCAUUGCGUCAGGAAAUGGCACACGAACCAGCUGAAGGAGCGGGAUGAGAACCAGGGCUCCAACCGGCCUGAGGGCUGGCGGUGUCCUGGUUGUAAUUCUACAUUGAUCGAGGCGCCCGGUUCCUACCACUGCUGGUGCGGCAAAGACGUCGACCCGAAGCCCAUCCCCGGGCUCCCUCCUCACACCUGCGGACAGACGUGCAAUAAACCGCGGGCCACAUGCCCGCAUCCAUGCUCGUUGAUGUGCCACGCUGGGCCUUGCCCGCCGUGCACAUUGAUGGGCCCGACGCAGAUGUGCUUCUGCGGCAAGAAUUCGUCGACGAAGCGGUGUAGCGAGACUGACUAUGGGAAAGGGUGGAGUUGUCAAGAACCUUGCGGCGACCUACUUCCCUGCGGCGAGCACACCUGUGCCCAACCUUGUCAUCCGGGCCUAUGCGGUGCUUGCGAAGUGCCCAUACUAUCUACUUGCUAUUGCGGAAAGGAACAGCGCCAGAUGCCCUGUAAUCAACGCGAAGAUAUUGAGGAGUCGUUCAAUUAUGGCCAACUCAAUACACCCCUGACAGCCGUCGACACUGACCUCGAUUCAAACAGUUGGUUCGAGGGCUCAUUCCGUUGCGGCAACAUCUGCGGUCGUGUCUUUGAUUGCGGUCACCAUGCCUGCCAGAAACAGUGCCAUGCGCAAAACGAAGAGGCAGCACAUUGCCCCUUGUCUCCAGAUGUCGUCACUCACUGCCCGUGUGGCAAAACUACCCUCGACUCCAUGGCUGCGAAGGCGAGAGAAUCGUGUCAAGAUCCCGUCCCGCACUGCGACGAGCCAUGUAAUAAGGUUCUGGCUUGUGGCCAUCUGUGCCCGGACAAAUGCCACACCGGUUCCUGCGCAUCGUGCACUCAGAUUAUGGAAAUAAGCUGCAGGUGCGGAAGGACAAUGGCCAAGUCGGCUUGUCAUCAAGGGACCAUUGUGUCCCCACACUGCUUCCGGGUGUGCAAGGCCCAGCUAAACUGUGGCCGACACGAGUGCGGCGAGCGGUGUUGCUCUGGUGAAAAGAAAGCCGCCGAAAGGCGGAAACAGAAGCGGAACAAUGCCUCUGAGAACUACGAGCCGGAACACAUCUGCCUACAAGUGUGCGGCCGCCAGCUCAAAUGCGGGAAGCACACCUGUCAGCAACUUUGCCAUAAAGGGGCUUGUAUGUCCUGCCCGGAGGCCAUAUUUGACGACAUCAGCUGCUCCUGUGGACGGACUGUCCUCCAACCGCCCCAGCCUUGCGGGACAAGGCCGCCCGAGUGUCGGUUCCCGUGCAGAAGACAACGCCCUUGCGGCCAUCCAUCCGUCGAGCACCAAUGUCAUCCUGACGAGACACCGUGCCCAAAAUGUCCCUUCUUGGUGGAAAGGCCUUGCAUUUGCGGCAAGAAGACGCUGAAGAACCAGCCAUGUUGGUUCGAGGAAGCGAGGUGUGGUCUACCCUGUGGAAAGAAGCUCAAGUGCGGGGCUCACGAAUGCAAGAAACCAUGCCACAAGCCAGGCGAGUGCGAAGAUGCUGGCAUCUCUGGGUCUCAUUGCACUCAACUAUGCGGCAAGAUCCGGACAUCGUGCGAGCACACCUGCGUUGAGCAGUGCCACGCACCUUAUCCUUGCAAAGAGGAUAAGCCAUGCCAGUCCAAGACAUUCAUCACUUGUCCCUGCCAGCACCGGAAACAGGAGGUCCGGUGUCAAGCUACGAAGCUUAACCCUUGGCCCAACAAGGAAGCGACAUUGAAAUGCGAUGAUGAAUGUCUCCGUCUACAGCGUAACCGGAAGCUUGCCGAAGCUCUUAGCAUCGACCCAGAUACGCACAAUGACGAUCACAUCCCCUAUUCCGACACGACGCUCAAGUUGUUCCGCGAGAACAUCAACUGGGCGCAGGAACGAGAACGCGAGUUCCGUGGCUUCGCAGCGGCACAAGACGAGAAGCGCCUUCGGUUCAAGCCCAUGCAAUCCCACCAGCGCGCAUUCCUACAUGCGCUUGCAGCAGACUUCGGCCUUGACUCGGAGAGUCAGGACCCAGAGCCCCAUCGGCAUGUGUGCGUCUUCAAGACGCCGCGAUUCGUAUCCGCGCCACGCAAGACGCUCGCCCAGUGCCUCCGCAUAGCCAAAACAGCCGCCAACCUCGCCGCCGCUGCCUCAUCCCUCAGACCUACGGCGGUUUCUCCGGCACCGCAUAAGCCGGAAGGGCAAGCCUUCAAUGCCCUUCUCCUCAAGGAACCACGUUUCGGCUUGACCAUCGACGAGCUUGACGAUGCCAUAGCCGCGGAUCUGGCAUCCGCAGCAGCUCGCCUCCCGCUGACAUUCACAACAAGCUUCCUUCCUUCUUCAGAGGAGAUAGUCAUCAAAGCUACAUCAAAAGCCACCGCGGCCGCCAUCGCUACCUCUCUUGCGCCCACCCCGCAAGCGAUUGAAUCAACCCUUUCAAUUCUCAAAUCCGCCGUAGCACGAACAGUGUCACGGCUGGGACUCGUGAGCGGCGGCGUGUCGCUGUGCCAUGCGGAUGGGACGGGUAGUAUAACCAGACGAGAGGGAGAUGGCCCCGGCGCAGGAAAUACUGUCGCUGCCGCGAGCACCGAUGGCUGGAGCGCGGUUGCCAGCCGCGGGUCCUGGCGGCGCACCGCUGCUGGGACUAACAAAACAGCCACUGCACCUGCGAACUUGGGCGAGCAGCGUGCUCCGAGCGCGUUUGUGGCGCUUAGGCGGUUGGAGUUGAAGAAGAAGAAGGCGGAGAAGGCUUCUCGUGUUGUGGCUAAGGAGGAGCCGGUGGAGGAGGAUUGGCUUGUUGCGGCCGAGAAGCUGGUCGGUGGUGAGGAGGAAGAGGAGGGAGGGUUACAGGAGAAAGGUAGCGAGAGUGAAGGUGGAAGCGGUACUGGGAGUGGAUCGGAAGAUGGACUUGGAGUGGCGGGGGAUACACUUAAGGAUGGAGUUGGGGAUGGGGAGAGGGGAGGGGCAGAUCAGGGGGUUAAGCGGGAACAUGAGGGGGUGCCGGCAGUGGGCGUUGAUGGGCCUGCGGUUGCUCUCAGGCUGGUGUAGAUCCUUAAGAGGCACCGUGGUCUGGUCUGCUGCCUUGCCUUUUUACCUAGGUACCUCACCUAGCUACUACGUAGUGCUUACCUACCUAAGGGAUUGUGAUCGAAGGUUGGACUGCUGUUGCGUUGCGCUUCUGUCCACGCUGCGCGAGAGCGGUGGCCUAAGAUGGCAUAAUCGACCUCCCAAGGGACAGGGUAACUAAGGUACGCAGCAAAAUAUCUCGGUUGGCC